AUGAACGAAAGGAGUAUAAUGAGAGAAUUUUGACAGUAUUGUUUUUAAAUUUAUGUACUGCUAAUAUGCAGAUUUAUAUUUUGUAUUUAUGAAAUAAUACACGGAUAUUCAAUAAUAACAAUGACAUAAUAUAGUCUCACAAAAUGGGAUUGGUCGUAAUAUUUUAUACUAGUAAUAAUUUUUUUUUUUUUUCUGAUUAUGAAAUAUAUAGAUAUCGCCAGCGAAACGACGCGUAAAAUUGGAAAAGAAGUCCUUAAUAAAUUCAAAUAAGGAAAAAGUAGCAGUAUGGAGCGCGACGGUAAAACAUCAUAACUCCGUUAAGAGAGAACAACCGUUCCCCCAUUCCUACAUCUCUUUGGCUUCAAGUCUUCACCAUUUUCCGCAACUACUCUUCCCAGUGUUUCAGAUCACCUAUUCUUACUAUAUAUUAUCAACAAUUCCGUCACAAUUGGCUUUCACCAGGACUACUGGAGAGUUGCGCGAUUUCAUCUUCCUAGUUUGAAUAUCUAUAAGCCGACGGUGCCAUUAAUUGAUUCUGAUUUGGAUCUGUUAAGUUGAAGGUGAAGAAUAAUGACAAACACACAAUUAGUGGAGAUUCAACCUCGUGAACUCAAGUUCACAUUUGAGGUAAAGAAGCAAAGUUCAUGUGCAGUUCACGUAGCUAAUAUCACAGACCAGUAUGUAGCUUUCAAGGUGAAGACAACAUCACCUAAGAAAUACUGUGUCCGGCCUAACAUAGGUGUUGUCAAACCAAAGUCAACAUAUGACUUCACAGUUACAAUGCAAGCUCAGAGGACUGCUCCAUCUGAUAUGCAAUGCAAGGACAAAUUUUUGAUUCAGUGCACAAUUGUCCCUUUUGGAACUAGUGAGGAGGAAAUUCCACCCAGCAUGUUCAACAAAGAUAAUGGAAAAUACAUCGAAGAGUGCAAAUUAAAGGUUGUUCUGGUUAGCCCACCCCAGUCUCCAGUUCUGCAGCCGGCUAAUGGAAUUUCCAAGCAAGGUGCAUCUAUUGAGACUUUGAUGCAACAGGAAAAAUUUCCAAGUGGUGUUGAAAAUCUUCCUCCAAUUCAAACUGUGGUUAAGAACAACAAGGAUUAUAAAUAUGAGGAAGAAACGGAGGAGCCAAGUUUGGGUAAAAUUGCAGACGUCAAAAAUCUGAACUUUGCAAAAAAUACAGAGUCCAAUAUUGAUGAGGUGGCUGAGAACAACAAGGGUGCUGAUUUUGAUGCAGAAGAAGAGGAUCCAAGAUUGACAAACACCGUGGAAGACGUCAAAUUGAAUUCUCCUAACAACAGGGAAUCUAAUACCAAUGAGGUUGUUGAAUCAAGAAAUUUGGAUAUGGAGAUAAAAUUGUUACUAUCCAAAGAUGUUGAAGAGCUAAACUUUAAGAUAAAUUCAUUGGAUUCUCAGCUAAUUGAGGCUGAAUGCAUAAUUGCAAAGUUAAAGGAAGAGGAGCGAAGUACCAUCAAAGACAUAGAAAUUUUGAAGCAAGAAUUGGCAUUACUAAGGACAAAGGGUGUUGAAAGGAGAGCUCAAGUUGGUUUUCCCCCGUUAUUCCUUUGCAUGGUUGGAUUGAUUUGUCUCACCAUUGGGUAUCUUGUACGUGCUUAAACAAGCAUUUUGUUUGGCUUUGGUAUAUUGUGUAACUGUUUAGAAACUUACAAUGUCUUCUGCAUAUUGACAUUCCAUCUUUUUUUUAAAAGAUAGUUGUCAAACCUGACUAAUUUUAAAAAAUGUGUAAUAUGAAAAAGUGGAGUUAAAUAAGGAAAAGAAAUAUUUCACUAAA